GUGUAUACCAUCCCUUAACUUUUCUUUAUUCUCUCCAUGGCUCAUACUCAUCUCAUCCUCCUCUCCCUCUCCCUCUCCCUCUCCACUCUCAUCUUCUCUGUGAAUGCCCAAUUUGAAUUGUUUCAAUUGGUGCAACAGUGGCCACCGGCCACAUGUACCAAUGUCCAUUGUGGUCAACUACCAACUCCAACUAGGUUCACCAUCCAUGGCCUAUGGCCGGCUAACUACACCAAGCCCUACCUUGUUUGCAGCGGAGGAACAAAAUUUUCUGAAACCAUUCAGGGAUUUAGUGCACUCAAACCAGCUCUCGUGUAUUAUUGGCCAAACUUGAAAAAAGGGAGCCACAAAAGUUUUUGGAGAAAGGAAUGGGAUAAACAUGGAGCAUGUUCGGAGAAUGUUUUUAACCAGGUUCAAUAUUUUCAAACAGCUCUCAACAUUCGCACAAACCCCAAAUACGACUUACUGGCUAUUUUGAAUGCCGCCAAUCUCGGUCCGACCGGCAACAUAUUCCGCCAAUAUCAUGUCAUCGAAAAUGCCAUUAAAGCUGCAACCGGAAAGAAGCCAGGGCUUCGUUGCAACACCAAUCAAAACACUAAACAGACCCAAUUGCAUGAAAUAGUAUUAUGCUUCGAUAAGGAUGGUGCAACCAUUAUUGAUUGUCCUUUUGCCAACUGCCCAAAACAGUUUGUUUUUUCCAUAACCACUCUAUUGUGAGAUGUGUAAGACUUGUAUGAAAAAAAAUAAAUAAAUU